CUGCUCCGCUCGUGGUGCCGGAGCUCCGCUUCCAGCCGUUACUGGUAUCUCCUUGCGGUACCACAACACGCAGCCGCCCCGCCUGCUGUAAAACGCUCGGGGAGGCGGGGGAUCCCGGCGGGACGUCCCCGCGGAGGGGCGGGCUGAGGUCGCGGCCGGCGUUGAGGAGGAGGUGGCACUGCGCGGCUCAGCCCCCCUUCCCUCCCUGCCGUGCCGGCCCGGGCAGGCAGCGCCCGGCGUGUUCCGGCCGUCCCGUGUAUCCCUCGGCGGCCAUGCGGCUCCUCACCGGCGCUUACCGCGCGAUGCAGGCGGCAGCAUUGCUGCUGCUGCUCGCCCCUGGCUCCCGAAAUGAAGAGAUGACAAACACCAGCAGUACUACACCCUUUACAACGAUUCCAGACCCUAAGUUGCAAGGCAAUAGUAGCUCGUCCUCCAGUCUCACUGAUACAUCAUCUACAAAAUCAACAGCAACAUCUCCAGUAGGUACGUCCACCAGUACUACUCACUUGACCAGCACCAGUCAGACAAUCAACACCACUAUGUCUGCCAUCUUGACAACUCAACCCACCAAAACCAGCCAGACAACAAGAUUCACCACAGCUCCAUCAGUCACAUCAUCACAACUGAAUAUUACAGUGGUGACCGCUUCCAAGAUUUCUUUCACUUCCAUAACAGGCACAUCAAAAUCUGAGGCUGUCAUAGCCAAAACCUCCAGAUUUGAUGUGGGCAGUUUUGUAGGUGGCAUUCUGCUGACGCUUGGAGUCCUAGUUAUUCUCUACAUUGGAUGCAAAACCUAUCACUCUAGAAGAGGCAUUCAGUACAGAACCAUUGAUGAACAUGAUGCCAUCAUUUAAAGAGACUUCAGGGAAGAAGAAACCCAUCCUGUCACAGCUGUUUAACUUAACUUCUGAAAGGGUUUCAUUCUUAAAGAUGAUCCCAGUCUCUAAACCUGCCUUGGGUGUGAUCCUGCAAAAUGUUGAGAAGCUCUUUAAACAUCCUGAAUUUUUUUUUUGCAUUGGCUUUCAUAAUGAGAAGAAGAAGUCAGCACUCUGUAGAGACAGUAUUUUCUUUUUCCAGUAUUUGUAACCAAAUAUAAAGAAACACACAUCUUGAGUCAUUUUCAGGUACACACACAAGUCUAAAAUAGCUAAUUACAGCUCAGUGGAUUGCAGCCUUGCAAUUAAGUUCAGUUAUUUCACACAUACUUUAUAAAUCCAGUGUGUUCCAUAAUGGAUAUAGUAGAUUAAUUAGGAUACAUUUGAGACCAGGAGUAGGUUUUUGCAAGUAAAAUGGUGUAUUUUUUUCCUAAGAUUUUGUAUUAAAUUGUAUUUAUUUUGAAGUUUGAUGUAAACUUUAGUUUAGAAAUUUUGGAUUUUGAACAACUUAGUUAAUUUUUAUUGGGCUAUAAGGGGACAUGGUUUACUAACUGUAUAGAAGGUAAUAAUGGGAAAAAGGCCUUAAGCUGUGCCAGGGGGAGGUUUAGAUGAUGAUUGAAUUUUAUGAAAAACUUCUUCACCCCAUCCAGGGGUUGUCAAACACUGGAUUAGGCUGCCCAGGGAAGUGGUGGAGUCACUAUUCUUGGAGGUAUUUAAAAGAUGUGUAGAUGUGGCGCUUGGGGACAUAGUUUAGUGGUGGACUUGACAGUGCUGAAUUAAACAGUUGGACUUUAUGAUCUUAAGGGUCUUUUCCAACUUAAAUGAGUCUAAUGUGUACUUUUCACUUCAGUCAUUAGCUCACCAAUCACCUGCAGAGAACUUCCUGAGCCUAGCUGCAGGAAGCAUGGACAGACUGGAGAUAGAUACCCAUCCAUCAACCCUUUCCUCCAAAUGGGUGCUUGUAAGAAAACAGCUUAUGCGAUGCAUAGCUGCUUUUUUCUAGCAUGUCCUACUAAUGAAGCAUGUGCAAUUGAAAGUAAAAUAAAAAUGGGAAAAAGUAAUUGCACCUUCAUAAAUGAUAAAAUAUGAAAACUGCUUCUAAAAAUUGGCUUUAAGUUGAAUGUAGCAGUCACUUCACUCUUGAUUUUUAUUAUUAUGAAUCUGUAUGCAAUGUUUUAGCAGCAUUUGAUAAGUAUUGGAAGUUACAAAGAGAAGUGGAAAAUAUGUAAGAUAGCAUUUUAGAAGAAUAGGAUCUGCAUUUUUACGAUUAUUUUCAGAACUUGGUACUGCUCUACAUGUGUACAGAGGUCUGGUUGAAAGGCCACUGAGGGCAAUGGGCCAUGUCUCAGAAGGCGUUUAAAUUAAGGCCCAAAUACACUGGGGGCUGAUAGUGCAAAUGUAGAAGUGAUACAUAAGCAGUGAGGUAAACCUGCUGGCUUCGGUAGGUGAGCUCCUGAUUUACACUGAUAUAAGGAAAACUAGGGCAAGAAUCAAGAAACACUGAUGAAUGUCACUGAAUAAUCAUUCAGUCCUGCUCUGCUUGUAAACCUCUCCCUGGUGAAGAGAGUUGGUGUGGGACUUGACUUGACCAUCCUGGGUACUGUUGGCUCUAUCCAUUGUGCAAAGCCCAGCGGGGAGGUAGGGACAGUUGAGGAAGGUCACAACAGGAAGAGCAAGUAGCUCUGUCAGGGAAAUGGUGUGCAACUCAUCAGGGAAAAUAAGACUACAGCUCUGGCACAAGUUAACUUUUUUGUUGAGCAACAGUUUAUUCUGAGAUGCAAUGUUAAAGUGGCUGUAUUUUUCCUUUUCCACAUGAAGUAGUAAAACUGUCGUGUCCAAGGCACAGCUGACUCCAGCAAACCAUGGCUAAUGAGUAGCCUUAAUAGCACCAGCCAGGCACCUGAUGGGAGGGUAGCAGGGCUGGUUUGGUUUUUACUGAGGUUAAGGUACAGGGUGGAAGAGUGAUUUGAAGUAACUUUUGUGAUUUCUCCUAAUUGCAUUGUAUAGUGGAAAACCUGGGUUUGACUUGAAGAGUCUGUAAACAAUUCUUCAAUAGAACUGCAGUUCCUUUGUAGAAAUUAAGUGCAACUCGAUUACUGGGAUUACCUCUAUUGUACAGAUGAAUAAAUAAAAUUUAAUCUUUGGAGUUACUGUA